AACAAAUCGAACCCAAGCACAACGCAAGCAGUUCGAGUGUAGCUCCCAUUCAAUAAAUACCACAUUCAGUGUAUUUUCACCUCACCUUAUUUGUUGUGACGACAAGAAAGAAAGGAAAAAAAUAACAGCGACUGUAAACGACUAGAUACAUUUAUUUCACCGAGUGUUUCAGACAAGCAAUUGUCAUGUUAUCGGAUUUGAUUUUUUCUCAAUAAAAAUAAUUGAAAAAAAGGUGAAAGACUUUUAAUUCCAAAAGUGAGCAAUUCAAAGCGAUGCGGUAAAUUAAGUAAACCGCAAACAAUUUAAGUGAAAUUUAAAUAUUACAAUAAUUCUGUGCAUACAACCAUUAUUUGCAUAUAAAAAGUUUGAACCGCCGCGGGAUUUAUUGAAAAUCCCAUUUGUGAAACGUACACAAAUAGAACAUUUUAUUGGAUAGAAAAUUUAGUUGACAAUUACAUUGGUAACAACGCGAUAAUAAAUGCCGACCGACACAUUGUUUCAGUGAAUUUGUGUCUUAGAUGAAUUUUGGAUAUGUAACGCGAUGGUGUCAUUCGAAGCCAAAACAAAAAAAAGAACGAACCCACAUAUUAUAAAUUGUUUUGUACGUGCCUCACGGAUAUUGUAUUGACUUCACUUAAACUGAGUUUUAUGUGUAUUUGUAUGCAAGCGAUGAACGGAAAAAAUAAAUAAACAACAACGUAAACAGUAACGCAUUUUACUAACUCCGUAGAAUAUAAUUUAUAAUAAAUUGAAACAAAUCAAAUUUCAAUUGUGCACUCGAAAACAAAAGCAACACACACACACACACACAUACCAACAGCGAAUGAGCACACACAGUGAAAUCAUAGUCGGUAAAACUGUAUGGCUCUUCGAGUUCGUAAAUCCAAAUUCGAAACGGUUUUGACAUGUUUCAAUGGAACAAAUUGAUGAUUGUUGUUAUCGAUUUGAACGGCUUUGCCAUCAACAACAUCAACAACAUCAACAUGUGUGCUCUAUACGACAAAACGACCACCACAUUCCAACAACAGUUGCAUUUCAAUCAUUAGACACAGUUCGUGCAUUGCAUCAGACAGUUGUAUCGUUACGCAAAGCGCUUGAAGAGGCACAUCGUGAAAUUGAUACACUAAAAAAGCGAAUCACUGUAAACGAAGACAUUGAAGAAGGUAAAAAAUUUCGCGAACAAGAAUUAGCCACCGAAUCAAGUGAGAAUCUUUUACAUUUUCCAUUGACACUGGACUUGAGUACCAUUGCCAAUACAGACGAUCAAAAUCUCUUCGGACAUACACCAUUGGCAUCAGAAGUGCAAACAAAUCAAAGCACAGCGAUUUUAAAUAAAAAUGCGAAUGAAACUGGCGAUGUGCCAAACACAUAUCGCUCAAGUCAAUCGUCAAAUUUAAACGAACAACCACAAUCAUCGGCAUCCAGCAACAAAACAACCACCACCACCGAAAAUAAAAAUUCGUACGAACAUCAAGCUACCACGCAUGAUAGUCAUCGCAAUCGGUUUGUUGUCCAUCCCAUAAAAACGGAUAUCAAGAUAAUAAAGCCUGAAAUAAAAACAACAGAUACAUCACAUUUAUUAACCAAUAAGCGACCACAAAUGGCUUCCAAAAUUGAUGUGAAAAUCAAACUAACAUCGAAUUUUAAAAUCGAUGGUAGUGAAAGCAGCUCAGAAACUACCGGAGACAGUAAUUCAGAAACAGUAACACCAAGAGAUUCAUCCACAGACACUGGCAAUGACAAAGAAAAUGUAAAUGUGGAAAAAAGUGAUGAAAUGGAAGGAAACGAAGAAAAAAUCAUACCGAUUGUAGUACUUCCCACUGAAAAUGUACAAAUUGGCGAUGAUAAACAUUUGAAGGCCGAAGACCAGACGGAUAAUGAAGGUGCCGUAGGCGGUAUUAUAGAUGAUGCCGUUUUUCUUGAUGAAAAUGCUGGUGCAAGCACAUCCAAGGCCGCAUUGAUUCAAUCGUCACCGCAUCGUUCAUCAUGUGAUAAUGAUGAAGAAGUUGAUGAUAUUGAAUUGAUUUUGUCGUCGGACGACAAAGAAUUUCCACAAGAGGAUUUAGUAUCAAUAUCAUACUAUGAACCAUGGCAAGUGUGCGGCCAAUCCGGUACACCAAUUUUGGUGAAUUUCAAUACCAUUUCAUCGGACAAUGAGGGUGUGGAUGAAAUGCACGACAAAUUAACGGCAUCACCGUCGCCAAUUGAUCCAGAUCAAUUUUACAAUGCGAUCAAAGAAAAUGUGGCACAACAACAAUUGAGCUUAGAGAGCACUGAUAGUCUAAGUUUAGGCGAUAACAUAAAACACAGUUAUGAUUUGAAUGUAAAAUCAAUGAGCUUGGAUGAAGAUUCGAAUCCAAAGAAUGGCGACGAAAAUGGUUUAAUACGUGAUGAAAGUUUUGAUACAUUUGAACAACCUGGUUAUUCAUCAACGAUGGGUAGACGUUGGACAAACUACAAUGUUUUCCAAGAGACGGAUAUUUCGAAAAUAGGUGUGAUUGAGGAAGGUGUGCCAGACAAAGGAAGACGAAAUACAUGCCCGAAUACAACCACAUACAGACCACUAAUACAUCGCGAAGCAAUCGGACGGUUUUUGCAUAAUAAUAAUAAUAACAACAACAACAACAAUAAUAAUGUUGGUACUUCAAUGGUUCGAUGUCCAUUGGCGGUGAAAUUUGCGCGAAAUGCCCGCACUCAUUUGUCGACGAUGAACAAUAAUCGAUCAAAUCCGACGGAUUCCAGCGGAGGUGGGCCAAAACGAAGCAGCGCCGUUCAAACAGACAUAACAUUGUCGACACUACCAGAGCAUUGGCGUUCCGAAAGUCAUUUGAUGGCCGGACUGAGCAAUGGAUUCUUUACAUUACCAUCAAAAUUUGUGCAGACCACGGGCACAAGCGCUUGCAAACAUCCAUUAAAAGUAUCCGAGAAGACGCGAGAGGCACGACGAGUUUUGCUAAGUGAUAUAAAUUUCACUAGUAUGGUUCCUGAACUAUCACGUUCUGAAACGCAAUUAUGUAGAUCAACUGAUCGUUUAAGCCAUGGCGAAGAUGAACAAAAUUCUGAAAAUAAUAAUGAAGAUGGCAAUGAUUACUCAAAGGGACCAUACCUCAAAACUCCAGAUUAUGGACAUCGCGGAAUUACGCCAAGCAUGAGUCUUACAUCACCGGGUGUUUCACAGUGGACUGUGAAUGAAAAUAGCUUUGGCACACAAACUAUGCAAACUGAUAAUAACUGGAGCGUACAACAUGGCGAUUCAUUCGAUUCAUGUAAAAGCUAUUCGAUUGGCUCAAAGCUGUCAUUUGGCAAGCAUAAUCGUUCGAGAAGUUGUCCUUCAGUUCGGUGUGCACUAUGCAAGCAUCGUCAUCACGGCGGCAUCAAAAUGUCAGAAAGUAUGCAUUAUACACCACGUGUCACAUUUCAAGAGAUAAAAUCGAAUUCAGUACGUGGAUCUUUGCCGGAUUUGAGACCAGAAUGUGCAUGCGGUUGUCCACGUUCAAGGAUUGCAUCACGUUCGACUGCAUUUCGACACGGCGAUUCAUGUGGUUCGACUGAAAGCAUUUUAGAUGAAGCUGAAGAUUUUUUACGUGAAUCAAUCGAUGGCGUUUUAUUGCAUGAUUCAGACACAGCACAUUCCAGUGGAUUUCUUGCAAAAAAUGCACCAAGAAGAUGCUCGGAAAAUGAUAUAAACAAAAAGGAUUUCAGUCCUUCAAAACAAACGUUACCAUUUCUGCCAAAAUCUUCAAAAUGUCUAAAACCCGGACAUUUGGCCAAAGUAAUCGCCAAAAAUGGGCGCGUAGUAAUUGGACGUGUACGAUACGUUGGACCAUUAGCAUCAAAUAACGCCGAAAGCACUGGAAUUGAUAAUGAAAAUGAAACAUAUGUGGGACUACAAUUGCCAAACAAAAUUGGCGAUUGCAAUGGAUCGUUUGAGGGUCGCAAAUUUUUUGAUUGUGAACCGCAACAUGGAAUUUUUGUACCGUUUCAAAAAAUUGUGAUGGCCUGGACAACUUAAACUAAUUUACAUUGUUUAAAAUUAAUAAUUUUUUUUGUUGAGAAAAAAUGCGUCAACUGUAAAACACAUAUAUACAUCUACUCCAAGACAUCAUCAAAAAAAGAAGAAGAAAGAAUGGUGUAUCCGUCAUGUUUUUCAAUUUCGUAAUGCUCAUUAAUAAUUUAUGCAUAGAAACUUCCAUUCUACGAAAUAUCCUCAACACUUUUCGGUACAAAUAAACUUUCGAUGUUAAUAUCAAAUACAUACAACAAAAAAAAAUUAUUUAAUAUCCACAGGCUAUAGUCCAUACAGACAUUAUUUACUUUGAAAUUCAAUGUGCUAAUUAAAUGUAAAACGGGGAAACCCAUUAGUUGUUAAAUCAAUUGGCAAACAGUUGGACGGAGUAUCUUGUGACCGAAAUGCGCACAAGUAAAAAAAGAAGAAAUUACAAUUUUUGAAUAUCUUGGCGAUAAUGAAUGGGUUCGGUGUGCUUUGUGGUUUUACAUUGACCAUCGGAAUGUUAAAUAACUCACUUUCAGACAAAUCCAGUAUUUUAUUUAGUUUUUUUUUUGUUUUCGUUCUUUGCACCAUUUUUUCACUUUUUACUAAGAAAACAAUAAAUCAAUUUUCAUAAACUGGUUCAAAUCUUGGACCAAUAACCUCUAAUAAACUUUUUUUUAUAACAAAACAAAAAUGGUGAGAUCAUGCAAAGUUUAUGUAAAGAAAAAAAAAAAAAUGAAAUUUUGUUAUUUAGUUUGUUGAUAAUUGUCUUUUACAGAGAGAAAUUUAAAUGCGAUGGAAUACAGCAUACAAGGUUAAUUCCACAAAUGAUUUUACACCAAUUCGGAAUUGUUUUGACAACAACACGACAGCUUUUUAAAUGAGAACAAAAUGGCUCAGAAUGUAGACGUAAUAUACCCAUAAUUGGGACCAUGCUAUCAAAAAAAAUAUUCUUAAAUUAAAUAUUGAGCGCAAACUAACUUUAUUUAAUUUAAAAAGAAAUGCUCAUAAACCAUUGCUCAAAUGAAUAAACACUGUAUUCAAUGUUCAGAUUUAUAUGAUAUGUGAAAGCGCCGUUUUCAAAUCAGUACAACAAAGAGCUAAUGUCAAAGACUUUUUGUCCAGCAUUCAAAUGGAUGGAUAUUUAAAACAAAAAUGGCAUUUGUAUAUUUAUUUAAUGAAAAUAAUAUUUACGGUGAAGGAAA